UGUCAUCAAGCGUUAGACCCUCCGAGAAAACCUCACUCAAAAGUCACUUCUUUUACGCUCCCGAGGUCCAGUCUCAGUCCCUCUCUCUCUCUCUCUCUCUCUUCCAGUGUGUGGUGGUGGGAACCAGCGCGCGCCAGACGACACAGAACGCACAUCAACAACCUCCACUGUCGAAGGAGAUCACACAGCUUUAACUCUCCUGUUCCUCCUCUCUCUCUCUCUCUCUCUCUACACACGUACUCUCUCAGUUUCUCUUAAUGGAAGCCCAGUAAAUUCAACUCUCCUUCUCUCCGCCGGUACAGAACUUCAAAUACCGAGACACUGAUAAAUACGCUACUGUGUAUUGUAAGUGUCCACGAUCCACCGAAUCUUAGCUCUGUUUUUUUCGUCCCGCCGAUUAAAAAAAACUUUCAAAUAGCCCAAGUAAUUCAACUCUCUUACUCUCCACUAGUAUAGAACUUCAAAUACCGAGAUAUUUAUAAAUACGCGACUGGGCAUCGUAGGUACCACGAUCCACUGAAUCUCAGCUCUGCAUUUUCGUCCCGCCGAUUAAAAAAAAAAACCUUCAAAUAGCCAGACAGACCGUGUUUAAUUUGUCAAUGCGCUGGAAAUGACUGUGAUGAGAAGUUCGGAUCCGAAUCGGGUGGAGAGUUGAGAUGGAUCCGAAUGAGGGUGCGUUUCAGACGGCGCGGUACAAUUACGCGGAGAUCUGGCCGUUUCCAGUGAAUGGCGGCGAGGCCGGGGGCGGGUUGGACUUGAGGAGGCUGCAGUUCGGGCAGAGCUUGGGUCUGUUUGCGGAGGAUGUGAAUGUGAAUCGGGAGGUCGAAAACGAUCCGACGGUUCCGGAUCACGGACGGGCUCGGAAUGGCGGGUCCAAGAAGCGGCGAGAUCCGAAUCCGGAGGAAGAGUCCGCCAAGGCUGUAUCGACGGGGGGCAAUGCCAUGGACGAUUGUGACGGUAAACGUACUAAGAUGGGGGGAUCUAGUGAUGAAAAUCUUGAUUCCAAAGUUGAAGCAGAAGCGAAUUCAAGCAAUCCCACAGAACAGAAUACAAAACCACCCGAGCCACCUAAGCAAGAUUACAUCCACGUACGAGCAAGAAGAGGCCAAGCUACUGAUAGCCACAGCUUAGCAGAAAGAGCAAGAAGAGAAAAGAUUAGUGAGAGAAUGAAAAUUCUACAAGAUCUGGUGCCUGGUUGUAAUAAGGUCAUUGGUAAGGCAUUGGUCCUUGAUGAGAUAAUUAAUUAUAUACAGUCACUACAGCGCCAGGUUGAGUUCUUGUCAAUGAAGCUUGAAGCGGUAAAUUCGAGAAUGGAACCUGGCCCUGAAAGAUUUCCUACAAAAGAUUUUGGUCAACAAACAUUUGACACAGCUGGAGCGGCGUUUGGCUCACAAGCUACAAGGGAGUAUGAAAGGAGUUCAUCACCAGAAUGGUUGCAUAUGCAGAUUGGCGGUAGCUUUGAAAGAACGACAUAAUUUAGCUAUACUACAUCAAUUGCUAAUAAAGGCAUUAAAGAGGCCACACUUCCUCCUUCAGUGAGUGCCAACAACACAUACCCAAUCAAAUAGAGGCUUCAUCUCCUUUGCACAUCAGGCAUGGAACCAUGCUUAGUACCAUUUUAGACUCCUAAAAUUCAUAAACGACUAUCUCCAUUUCUUUGGUUUUUCGGAAAAUGUUUUUGUCGCCUCACAUUCUCUGUUCCAGUAUCUGAACAGUCUGUCCUACAAAAUGUUGUAAAAUUGCUUGUUUAGAAUGUAAACCUUACACGUUUGUAUACGCCUUGUUUAAAUUUGGGUGUAUUAAGAAGUUAAAGGUUCAUGCAAUAAGAAAUUACUGAAAAUUUCUACGAAAA